AUGAGAUUCCGCUUUCCCGAAACUUUCCCUGUUUACCCACCAGUCCUUUCCUGCGUUCGACCUCGCCUACAAGUCAAAGAUCAUCUCAGCAGCGCCCUGCCACUCGCCGACAAUGGUGUUGUCCGCCUGCCACAGCUGUCCACGCAACUCUGGAGGAAUGACCAGGACUUGGUGGAAAUCGCGUUGCAGGUCUACAUGAUCCUAUCAUCUGAUGGGUUUACAUUGGAUAUGUCAACCAGAUCCUAUGCCCCUCCAAGUGCAAAUGCCGGAUUGGGAUCUACCGUGAAGCUUCCGACACUGUCCCAAUGUAUGGACCAAUUCCCGGCUUCAUGCUUGGAGAGUGUUUCAGAAAUCUUGCCUGAACUUGUUGAUAUUCCCCCGGGCAGGAUUGUUUUAUCCCAUCACUGCGCCAUGGAUAUCUACCGACGUGUAUUUGGCAGUGGGACGCAGAGCACUGCGGCCUUCCAUGUGGAGAUCAAGAACUGCUCAAACGAAGUUCGUGUGUUCGCUGGCAUGGCAGAGGUGUCAGCGUUGCAGGAGCCCAUCGUGCUUUUGCCGUCUUGCAUGAUGCGACAGCUCUUCCUGGUAGAUGGAGAUCUGGUGCGCAUCCGUGCGGUAACUCUUCCGCUCUGUGGCUGCGUCUACUUGCAGCCUCGAAGCCAGGAGUUCUAUGAAAUAGCAGGUGCUGAACCAGAGCUCGUCUUGCAGGAGUCUUUGGCGCAACUUCCAGCACUUACCUCAGGACUGUCCGUGCAGGUUGAGGUGGGUAUUGCCCAGGAUUUCAAAAUUGGCUUGCGGAGGGUAGCUGUGGUUGUAGCAAGGCUGGAGGACACCUCAGGAAACGAAGUAGUGGCCGCCAAGCUUCCGGGUCAUGCGGGAGUGCUCGGAGACCAUGAGGUUCAGGUGGAGCUCCUUCCAGCCGCCGACCUGGCUGAAAGCGACAACGAGUACCAAGAAAGGCUGGACGCAGAAGCCAAGCGGCAGGCAAAGAUCCAGCAGAUGCUUGAAAGCAAGCAUAGUCAACUUCAGGCGCAGACGAACAUGGAGGCAUCGAACAAGGAGACAGACACCAAUCUGGGCUCAAGCUUUGAGAUGUGCUUCAGGCUGCCAAAUGGGAAGCAGAUGCGGCAGAGAUGUCCAACCGACGAGAUUGUGCUAAACUUGAAAAAGCGCUUGUUCUGUCUCCUUGCCUCAGAGGCGAGUUUGUGGAAGCCUGGCGUUGAGCGAGCAUCGGCUUUGGACUUCACAAUAUUUCCGCGUAAAGUGCUGGACAACCAGGACACCGUGUUGGAGAUAGGUGACCGAGCAGUUGUCCAUGUUUCAGAGAGUGAAGCAGCUUUGCAAGAGGCGGAGCGCAAUAAAGAGCUGCUGGGAUCCGUGCUAUAUCCAGCCGAACUGCAAGCAGACAUUGCAACGUCUGAGCAAUCGGACCUACCUCCGCAGCAAGACGACCCACAUCUAGACUUCAACAGCACUUCGCUUCAAACAUUACACACCAGUGUGUUGCAAAGUGAAGGCGGGCUAGAAGCACUUCCUUUGCCAGAGCUUCGGACACUGGCUCUGUCUCUGGGCCUGCCUGCUCAAGAUAUUGCGCGUGCUGUUGAUCAGGCAGAGCUGCUGGCACUUCUGACCCGACACCAACGCCGAGUGGCAAGGAUAGCUCGAGCCCGAGAAACUUCAGCAACUGCCAGCCGAACUGAACGCAGAGCCUCUUCCUUGUCAGCACGCCGCGGCGUGAGCGAACCUGCUCGCGCACCUGUCCGAAGCAGCCAAUCAGUCGGAGCUGGAGCGCGACGAUCUGUCGAGCCCAGCCGAGUAGCCUUACCGCCUGAGCAAAGGCAGGCGCCAAAUGGCUAUGCCGCCCGCUCAGCAAGGCCUCCGCGGGGGAAUGGCCCAGAUCGACGAAGUGUCCUCGGCGCUGCCACAGCACAGAGGUCGACGACAAGCAGCCCCAACUUGCCAGAGAGCCAAAGAAGCUUACCUCCGCUCCCAAGCCCACCUCCUGCACGUAUUCUUGCCGAGGGUCGUCGGCCACCCUUAGGUGCCUCACCGACACAUCCCCGGCUUGGAAUGCAGCAGCCCUUGAGGCAUGCUGGUCACAUGAUGCUUCAGAUGACCGCUCAAGAGCAGUGGAGAUAA